AUGCCGGCAGGGACUAUCUUCUUGGCAGCAAUCCUAUUUUCAGUCGCCGCUGCUGAAAGUAAUCCACCAAGUGGAGAGCUCUAUGCAUUGCUGGUGGCCGGCUCUAACGGUUGGUGGAAUUAUCGCCAUCAGGCCGAUGUCGCUCACGCCUAUCACACCUUGUUGGGCCAUGGAGUUAAAAAGGGCAACAUCAUCGUGAUGAUGUACGACGACAUUGCCAAUCACACACAAGGCGAAUCGGUCACUCCAGAUAAUUUCCUAGCCGUGCUCACUGGAAAUGCCAGCGCUGUGGUGGGCGGAAACGGCCGUGUCAUCAAAAGGCAAGCAACGUUCAAGUAG